UCUAACGUUUUUUCUUCUACUCGGUAUAAAACAUAAACACACACAGAAACACACUUACAGUUGCGCACAUAUUUAUCUUCAUCACCGCCGAUCUUUAUAGCAGAGUUGAUGACCAACAUUUAAAGAUCCGAUCAGAUCCACCCAUGUACCUGCUGUUAAUUCGUUUUGAUUUUUGAGGAUUUUUCGAGAAGUUAGAUAAGAUAGUUUUCGAUUUUGGGGGAAAAUGGAGAAUAAUUCUGGGGGCAUGGGAACUGGAGAGGAAGAUAAGAAUGUUGAGGAAUUGGAGUUUGAAAAGUUAGCGGAAUGUUUAGCAGCUGGAAGCGGGAGUAUGGAUGAAAUUCUUGAUGGGGUUAAUUUGAAGAGUUUUCAUAACAUGGAUGGGUCAUCGAGCAGUGUGCCGAGUGUAAUGGGAGUUGAUUUGAGUUCGGCUCUCAGAGGUGAGCCUUCUUCAUCGGCGGUUGCAUCAGAAAGGGAGAAUCUAGAUCAUGAUACUCACAAUAAGAGGCCUAAGGUUCACUCAUUUUCACUUGAUUGGGAUUGCCAACUUGCAUCUGCAUCUUCAGAUUUUCUUGAAAGAGGCUACAACAUCAAUCAGGGUUCCUUCAAAAAUGAAUUCCAUUAUCUCUCUCCAAUUUUGGCUGAAGGCGAACCUGAAAAUUUGAUUGUUUCUAGUAGUGGGAGGGAUAAGAGAGAUGGUUGCAAUACUCCACAAGUAGUUGAUAUGGAACUGCGUAUGGAUCUUACUGACGACUUGCUUCAUAUGGUCUUUUCUUUCUUGAACCAUAUCAAUCUUUGUCGAGCAGCCAAGGUAUGCAGGCAAUGGAGAACUGCCAGUGCUCAUGAAGACUUCUGGAGAAUCCUGAACUUUGAGAAUCGGAGCAUAACUUUACUACAAUUUGAGGAUAUGUGUCGUCGGUAUCCGAAAGCAACUCAACUAAAUAUUAGUGGUGCACCCGCUAUUCACUUGCUAGCAAUGACUGCCAUUUCUUCACUAAGAAAUCUUGAGGUUCUAAUAUUGGGUAAAGGACAAGUGGGGGAAACCUUUUUUCAAGAGUUAACUGGGUGCCAUAAGUUGAGAAAUUUGAUUGUUAAUGAUGCUACUCUUGGCAAUGGUAUUCAAGAGAUACCUAUAUAUCAUGAUCAAUUACAAAAUCUUCAGAUUGUGAAGUGUCGGGUGCUUCGAAUUUCUGUCAGGUGUCCUCAACUUCAAACCCUGUCCUUAAAGAGGAGUAGUAUGGCACAUGUGGCACUGAACUGCCCUCUUUUGCAUGACCUUGAUAUAGCCUCCUGCCACAAGCUUUCAGAUGCUGCAAUUCGUUCAGCAGCGAUAUCCUGCCAUCUUUUGGAGUCCUUGGAUAUGUCGAAUUGCUCGGUUGUUAGUGAUGAGACUCUACGUGAGAUAGCACUCGCAUGUGCCAAUCUGCAUGUUCUGAAUGCAUCGUACUGCCAGAACAUCUCACUUGAGUCUGUAAGACUGCCAAUGUUGACAGUCCUCAAGCUUCACAGUUGUGAGGGAAUAACUUCUGCAUCAAUGGCUGCGAUAUCCUAUAGCUAUAUGUUGGAGGUAUUGGAGCUUGAUAAUUGUAGCUUGUUGACAUCAGUUUUGUUGGAUCUUCCUCGCCUGCAGAACAUAAGCCUUGUACAUUGUCGAAAAUUCAUUGAAUUAAAUUUGCGGAGUGUAGUGCUCUCAUCCAUCAAGGUUUCCAAUUGCCCUUCCCUCCAGCGAAUAAACCUCACAUCAAAUUCAUUGCAAAAAUUAGUCUUGCAGAAACAAGAAAGUCUGACUACAUUAGCACUGCAAUGUCAGUCUUUGCGUGAGGUAGACCUUACAGACUGCGAAUCACUGACAAAUUCUAUCUGUGAAGUUUUUAGUGAUGGUGGUGGAUGUCCGAUGCUUAGCUCAUUAACUCUUGAUAAUUGUGAGAGCCUGACAGUUGUGAGUUUCCAAAGUACAACCUUGGUGAAUUUGUCUCUUGCUGGUUGCCGUGCUCUAAGUUCUCUUAAACUCAAUUGCCCUUAUCUCGAGAAUGUCUCUCUGGAUGGCUGUGAUCAUCUUGAAUUAGCAUCAUUGUGCCCAGUUGGUCUUAAUUCACUUAAUCUGGGAAUAUGUCCCAAGUUGAAUUCUCUACAUAUUGAAGCAGAACACAUGGUGUUGCUAGAAUUGAAAGGGUGUGGUGUAUUAUCUGAAGCUUCAAUUAAUUGCCCCCUAUUAACAUCUCUGGAUGCCUCAUUUUGCAGUCAACUCAGAGAUGAUUGCUUGUCUGCAACAACAACUUCUUGUCCUCUCAUCGAAUCAUUAAUCUUAAUGUCAUGCCCUUCAGUUGGGCCCGAGGGACUGUCAUCUUUGCGCUGGCUACCACAUUUGACCUCACUUGAUCUGUCGUACACUUUCUUGAUGGAUUUGCAGCCAGUGUUCGACUCCUGUGUGCAGUUGAAGGUUCUAAAAUUGCAAGCAUGCAAGUAUCUAACUGACUCGUCAUUGGAGCCUCUUUACAAGAAUGGUGCUCUUCCCUCACUUUGUGAGUUGGACUUGUCCUAUGGAACUCUGUGCCAGUCUGCCAUAGAGAAACUUCUUGCUUGUUGUACACAGUUAACUCAUGUGAGCUUGAAUGGUUGUGUGAACAUGCAUGACCUCGAUUGGGGUUCUGAGUUGGGUCAAUUGGCUAUUGAUAUAGAGUUGUCAGCUGAGCAGCCUAAUCGUUUGCUGCAAAACCUAAAUUGUGUUGGUUGUGCAAAUAUUAAGAAGGUUAUUAUUCCGUCAGCGGCAAGGUGUUUACACCUGUCAUCGUUGAACCUUUCGCUGUCUGCAAAUCUGAAAGAAGUUGACCUUGCGUGUUUAAACUUGUGCUUUCUAAAUCUCAGCAACUGUUGCUCUUUGGAAAUCUUAAAGCUCGACUGUCCCAAAUUGACCAGCCUUUUUCUUCAGUCUUGCAACAUCAAUGAAGAUGCUGUUGAAGUUGCCAUAGAGCAGUGUCAUAUGCUAGAGACACUUGACGUCCGUUUUUGUCCAAAGAUACAUCCAGUGAGUAUGGGCCGGUUGCGUGCUGCAUGCCCCAGUCUGAAACGUCUCUUCAGCAGCUUGGCUUCUGUGUGAUGCAUUAAGGGUUUCCAUAUAUUUUCUUCGUAUUUGUUUGCUUUGGUAAAAGUAUGAAGAAUCAUUAGCCAGUAUCUCGUCUGCAUUGUGUAAUGUUGUAAAUGUGUGGAAUCUUAAAGCUGCUACAACUUUGUGUGUGAAUUUAAUAUAGGACGUAUAAGAUGCAUCAUACAAUAAAUUGUUGAUUAUGAUAUGAAACUGUUUGCUGUA